ACAUCCAAUCCAUUUUCUAUAAUCACUAACAAGCUGCUUUACUAGCUCUAGCUCACCCAGUUCCUGAAAAUGACUUCCUCUUCUGCAAUGAUUUCUUUCAUCUUCCUCCUUUUGUGUUUCACUUAUUCUUCUGCUUCAGGGUCAUCUCUGAGAGUUGGGUUCUAUCAAAAAACUUGCCCAGCAGCUGAGAGAAUCGUCAGAAAUGCUGUAAAGAAAGCCGUUUCCAGCAAUCCUGGCAUAGCUGCUGGCCUUAUCAGGAUGCAUUUCCAUGACUGCUUCGUUAGAGGAUGUGAUGCUUCUGUGCUACUAAAAUCCACACCAGGAAAUAGAGCAGAAUUGGAACAUCCUGCCAACAACCCAAGUUUACGAGGUUUCGAGGUGAUUGAUGAAGCUAAAGCUCAAAUUGAGGCUGUCUGUCCAGGAACCGUCUCCUGCGCCGACAUUCUUGCUUUUGCUGCCAGGGACAGCUCCUACAAAGUGGGAGGCAUAAACUACGCUGUUCCUGCAGGACGCCGUGAUGGGCGCGUUUCUAUUGAGGAGGAAGUGCCCCAGAAUCUUCCUCCUCCGUCCUUCAAUGCAGAGCAACUUGCCCAGAAUUUUGCGAGGAAAGGAAUGUCUGUCGACGAGAUGGUGACGCUUUCCGGGGCACAUUCCAUUGGGGUGUCUCACUGCUCUUCCUUCUCCCAGCGUCUUUACUCCUUCAACGCCACUCAUCCUCAGGACCCUUCUUUGGACCCCAGAUACGCAGCCUUCUUGAAAACCAAGUGUCCGCCGCCAAAUACAGGGGCGAGUGGGGACCCCACGGCGGCGUUGGAUAUUGCAACGCCUAACCGGCUGGAUAACAAGUACUACACUGAGCUGAAGAACAACCGCGGAUUGCUGACUUCCGAUCAGACAUUGAUGAACAGCCCUUCUACUACAGGGAUGGUUGUGAACAAUGCGAGACAGGGUGCUCUGUGGGCCAACAAGUUUGCCAGGGCAAUGGUGCAUAUGGGUUCGCUUGAUGUGCUCACAGGCACAGAAGGUGAAAUCCGGAGGCAUUGCAGUUUCGUGAAUUGAGAGAAACCAUGCAUUUGUUUGCUCUUAUAUUACUUACUUUCAUACACAGAAAUGUUUGCCUUCUUUGAUUAUUUGUAUCAACACAAAAAAUGCAAGUGUAAAUCAUUUUUUUACCAUUAAUGAAGUAUUUUUUAAAAU